AUGUCCUCGCCACCCGAUAUAGACCCAUAUGUUGCGUUGGGAGUCGCCAAAGAUGCCACCAUCUCCGAGAUCCGAGCCGCCCAUCGCAAACGAGUGCUCAAGUGCCACCCCGACAAAAUCCAAGAUAUAUCGCAACGCAAUGCCGCCCAGGACGAAUUCCAACGUGUGCAGCAGGCCUACGAACUCCUUUCAGAUGACUCCCGACGAGCUCGCUACGACCAAAAGGUGAAGUUGGCUGAUCUCAAGCGUGAGCUCAUGGAGCGCAGGCGGACUGAGGCGAUGUAUUCUUCACCGCGCGGGAGUGGCAACGCCCGAGAGAUGCGCGGUGGUCAUAUCGUGGAAGAGCGGGUGCCCGUGGAUGUCUUUUUAGACGAGGAAUUGCGAUAUACAGAUGAACCCCGGACGAUGUCGCGCAAGGACAAUGAGUAUGGCAAACGGCCCAAGGCGAAGCCAACUGAAGAGAAGAAGAAGUCCCGCGUACCCCCGACCAGCUACCGCGCAGCGAAGGAUGACCGUGAGUCCGCCAAAGCGACACAGGCCGACCGGGCCAAGCAACGGGAUCGAGAUCGCAAGCGCCAAGCCUCGGCCAAGUAUGAGGAAGUCUACGAAUCUUUCAGCCCACGUGUGGUAUCGGAUCCAUCCGAUUCAAGUGACUCUGAUACCUACGUUCCCCCGAGGAAGCCAGCUGCCUCCCGCAGGACGACUCGUGAGUCCCGUGAGUCCCGUGAGCCUCGCGAGUCGCGUUCCCGCCCGACGGAAUCUUCUUCUCGCCGCCACGAACGUAUCUACGAUGAUGAGGAUGAUUACUCUGACCGCUACGCCUCCAACAAGCACGACGGCUGGCAAACGCUGGCAGAGCAGCACAUUGAGCGGUCCAAGUAUGAAGUUCCGCGAUCCUCCCGGUCUCCACAGCGACCCCGUGGUUAUGACUCGACCGAACCAGAGUCCAGCGCCUCGCGGCGCUCGGGUCGGUCCUCCCAUUCGACCAGGAAUCAGUCGUCAUCGCGCAACAAUUCCUACGAACACCUGGAAUCCUCGCGGAGCUACGACUUCAAACCGCCUAAGAUUCCCACCACUGCCACCUCACCUGGCCACAAGGCUUCCAUCCGACCGUCAUUGUUCCACCGCGCCGCCACCGCCGGGUCCACCGGCUUUACUCGUAAGCGCGAAGGAUCCGGUCGCGAGGAACCAAUUCUGGAGAAAAUGGCUCGUGAACAAGUUCGCGAAUCAAUUCCUUCACGUUCGUCCAAGCGCUACGACUCCGGCUACUCAAGUCCCAGCACGCCCGAAAUGCCCCAGCGAGGCGCUUCGCCUAAAACCACGACUACACGCUACAAGAUUGACGACCCGGUGGUGAUCGAGCCUUCCUCCAAAUCAAAGUACCGCUCUGUUUCGCCCGAGCGCCCGCGGGGCCCACCUAAACGAUCUAGCACCUUUCAGUACAAGUCCGAGGCCUCGCCCCGCAUCGAGGUGCGCACUGUGCGGCCUUCUAGACCUCACGGCGACGUGGAAUACUCCCCGCGCAUUCGCGGCGAAGACGUCAAAUACACCCGUGAGAUCCGGCCCAGCGAUGUCAAUCGCUCCAGUCCACAGUACGCCGACCAGUACCCUCGCCAUGCGCCUGCUCGCCGGCAAUCGGCCUAUGCUUGA